AUGGCGGACGGACCGCAUGGGCCUCUCAAGAGAAAUGCAUCUGAAAGUGAUAUAAGCAGUAGUGAUAAUGAAAGUGAUUUCAGUGCUGACGAUAGUAUAGCAGAUAGAGAUUAUCGUCCAACUGUUAGUGGAUCUGAAUCUCCAUUUGAAUCUGAACAAUCCAUCUCUGGAGAAGAGUCGUCAGAUGAAAAUUUUGAGGAACCAGUCCAAAACGUAACACAACAAGCUGGAACAUCACGAGGUGUUCUGGUAACGCCGGAUAAAAGCAAUCCUUCUCGAUGGCGGAAGACGAAUAUAGAACGGAGGGAGAAAAAAAAGCGCCAAAUCAAACGAAAUCUUGGAUGCAAGGAAAAAAAUAUUACCCCAGUCAAAGAAGACAAGUAUCGAAGAAUAUUUUGCAAUGAAUAUAACAUAGGCUUCAAAUUGCCGAAAAGCGAUACGUGUCUAACAUGUGAUUCAAUGAAAAUUGCUAUUCAAACAGCAACUGCGAACAAGAAUGAAGAAGACCUUAACAGACUGAAACUUGAGCUUGAGUUACAUCAUAGGAGAGCAGAAGCCAUGUCAAAUAAUAUGAAAGAGGAAGUAAAAUCAGUUAAACAAACCAAUAGAAAAGUAUUAGUUAUUGCAUUUGACUUGCAGCAAACUCUUCCAACACCUAGUCUUACAGUUGGUCCAGCAUUCUACUUGCGUAAAGCUUGGACUUACAACCUUGGUAUUCACGAUUGCAUAUCUGGACAAGCAAGCAUGUUUAUGUGGACAGAGGCUACAGCCAAGAGAGGAAGUGAGGAAAUAGCAAGUAUUUUAUUGAAGUAUCUCUCAUCUAGAGAAACAAAUGAACAAUGGGAACUUGUUGUUUUCACUGAUAACUGUGGAGGCCAGAACAAAAACUGGCUAAUUAUGGCACUAUGGCUACAACUUGUCAGGGAAAAAAAAUUCAAAAGUAUUGAACAUAGGUUUUUGGUAUCAGGACAUACCUAUUUGCCUUGCGAUAGGGAUUUCGCCCAAAUUGAAAAACACAAGAGGUAUUUGAGACAAAUUUAUUGCCCAGAGGACUGGUACGAAGCCGUUAGAAAAAGUAAAAGAGCCAAUCCAUUCGAAGUUAUUGUUAUGGAACAGAAAGAUUUCUUAUCGUUUCAAAAAGUUCCUAUGGUGAAAAAAAACAUAACUGAAGAUAAAGAGCCUGUAAAUUUCACAAAAGCACGCUGCUUCCGAUUUGAAUCGGGUGAACCCAAUACGAUGUUUAUAAAACAUGAACUAAAUGGAAAUUUAAAAAAAGUUAAUGUUGGAAAGCGUGGAAAUAGGUUAGUUCUUCAGUCAGACGAUAUUCUUGACAACUUAGACUGCAAAUACAAUGAACCUGUAAAACUGAACAGCAAGAAAGUUGAAGACUUAAAAAAACUUUUGCGAUACAUACCACCUAUCAAUCAAAACUUUUAUGUUACUAUUUUCGAGCAGUGUGCUGGAGAGCACAUUGACGAAACUGAAGAUCAAAAUAUUGCGGAAGAUGUGGAUGGAGAAGACUAG